GCGAGGAAAAUCGAGGACAGGGAAGGAGGUUACCUAAAAAAGCAAAUCCUGGACUCGCAAGGGAUUAUGGAAGACAAGCACAGGAAAGACACCUUGCAGGAAUUAAUCAAAACAAGCAGCUCAGCUGAAAAAGCCUAUUUUGAGAAUCUGCAUGCACGAGACAAGAUCCUACAAGCAACCAAUACGCAGAAUCCCGCGCAAAUCACCAAGGAAUCUCAGAAACCUCAAGGGGACAGCUCAUCCAAUGGCCCACACAAAAGGCUCAAAAGAAAAGCCAAUCAAUCCCCACCAAACUCGCCUGCCCACAGCACAACACAGGGCAAAGGCAUCAAACUCAAGGGUCUCGACACAGCAAUGGAGGAGAUGGAAGCGGACUCUGACAAGAAGCAAGAAGACCAGGAGGAAGAAGGAGGAGGAAACACGGACAGCAAAGGGAAGAAACAAAGAGGAACCCAGGAAGGCUACAACAAAGAAGGAGAAGAAAUGAUGAAGGAAGGAGAUGAGGAAGACACAGCGGGAGGAAGAAGUGAACAGGGAGAAGGAAAAGAGAACAAGGAAGAAGACGGGACUAUGGCAGAUGACAACAUGGCACAAGACUCUGCAGAGGAAAACGCACGCAUGGGAAGAGUUCAGGAUGCGGCCAAAGGAAUAAGCGAGGAAGAUCAAGAAGACACCCACAGUUGGCUUGCAUAAUAUGUCAAGGGGCUAGAAAGAGAAAGAGAAAGAGAAUUCAAAAUCAGAGUUGCACACAAAAAACACAUAUGCAACCUGCAGAACUUCAACCCGACACAGCAAACACUGAGCAAUUUGUUCCCCACAGACAAUCAAUACGAAAUCCUAGA